AUGGAAAAGCUUCUUAUUAGCACGGAAACCUUUCGAGAUGAGUUCUUAUUUGAAACGAAUUCAAAUGUUUUCGAAAGCUUCAAGAAUUCUAAACCGUCUGAAGAGGAUCAAGAUUUCAGUUUAGAUGAGCCUCGGCCUAUGUCAGUGCAAAACGAGAAAAAUAUGCAAAAACAAGAGAAAAAUGAUGUUGCUUCUGACAAUGAGAAAAAGGAAGAGAUCCUAUUUGGAGAGGAGCAAGAGGAGAUGACAACUCUACUCGAUAAUGUUGAAGAAGGUUAUAUGUCCGACUACGAAAAUGACAGUGAAAAUGGUUGUGAUAGUUCUAAUUUUGGCGACAGCGAUAUUGAUGAUGAAUAUAGUGACGAUAGUUCUAAUUUUAGUGACGAUGAUGAUAACAAUGAUCUGAAUUUGCGCGCGGACGAGUUCAUUGCGAAGAUUAAUGAAAGAUGGAGGGCUGAACGGUUGAUAGAGUACAAUUUAUACAUAGUUAACUAA